AUUCAAGAGCAGAACACGCAAUUUCGACAUGGACUUCUACUAUAUGCCCGGUUCAGCCCCCUGCCGUUCAGUUAUAAUGACGGCAAAGGCUUUGGGAGUGGAGCUCAACAAGAAAUUACUUAAUGUCAUGGAGGGUGAGCAAAUGAAACCAGAGUUUGCUAAACUUAAUCCACAGCGCACGAUUCCAACGAUCGUGGACAAUGGCUUCGCGUUGUGGGAGUCACGCGCCAUUCUUGUUUACCUGGCUGAGAAGUACGGCAAGGACGAUUCGCUCUAUCCCAAGGAUCCAAAGCAACAGGCUCUAGUUAAUCAGCGACUUUACUUUGAUAUGGGUGUUCUGUUCAAGUCAUUCUACGAUUAUUACUCGCCAAUAUUUCGACUAAAGAAGCUAGGAGAUCCAGAAGACUUUAAAAAGAUUGAGACUGCCUUUGGUUUCCUAAACACCUUCCUGGAAGGUCAGCUGUAUGUAGCUGGGAACAAUUUGUCAAUCGCGGAUAUUGCCAUCCUGGCCAACGUUUCGUCAUUUGUAACAAUGAUCUUUGACCUUAAGAACUAUCCCAAUGUUGCCAAGUGGUACGAAAAUGCCCAAAACGUAACACCCGGAUGGAACGAAAACUGGGAGGGCUUGCUGCAGAUGAGGGACUUUUUUGAUGCUAAGAUGAAGGAAAUAAAGGCAUAAGAACUUGAUGCUAUUU